AUGGACAUGGACGUGAGUGAAUUCAGGGAGCGCCAAGCCGCCAACACACUGUUCUCCAAAUAUGCAGAAUUCACUAGCUCAGUGCAAACAGAAGGAUUUAUGAACAAAGCUCCGUCUGCCAUUCCAGCAAUCAGGCCACCAAUCACUCCAUCUCAAGGAGUCGGCUUGUUACGAGCAUACAGGGAGGAGAUGCGCCGCACUCGCAGGGGCCCGCCGCUGCCGCCGCCCGACCGCGUGCCGGCCUCUGCCCCGCCGCGCACUACCAUUGCGCCGGCCAUCGAGCCCCGUGCGCUCCACCACCGGAAGCCGCGCCGCGCUGCCGGGAGGAGGAAGGCGCCUCCGCAGCGGACGCCGCAGUUCCCUGCUCCUCCUCCUCGCCCUCCCUCCUGCGCCUCCGCCACCGGCCUGCCUCGCCUCACUGCUCCGCGCGCGACACCACCGGCCCGCCCCGCCUCGCAGCUCCGCGUGUGCAGGGAACCGCCCGCCGGCGCGAGGAGGGCCGCCAGCGGGGAGGAGGGUGCCUGGGAAUCCGCCGAUGGCCGUGGGCAAGCUGCGCCGCCCGGCUGA